AUGUCGGAAGUAACUGUUUUAAAUCUGUGGGAAGAUCGCGAUAUUCGCUUCGAUAUUAGCCUAGCCCAAAUGAGAAUGAGACCGGGCGAGAUGCUGAUAGAUCGAUUAGAUUCGAUAGAAGACACCAAAGGAAAUAACGGUGAAAGAGGCCGUUUACUAAUUACAAAUUUAAGAAUACUUUGGCACUCACAAGCAAUGCCUCGAGUCAACUUAUCUGUAGGAUAUAACUGUAUCGUUAGCCUUACAACAAGAGUAGCCAAUUCAAAAUUACGUGGACAAACAGAAGCCUUAUAUAUCUUAACGCGUUGCAAUAAUACUCGCUUUGAAUUUAUCUUCACUAAUUUGGUAAGCUCUAGUCCUCGACUGUUUACAUCGGUGAUGUCCGUUUAUCGCGCUUACGAAACUUCAAAGUUAUAUCGUGAUUUGAAAUUGAGAGGAGCUCUAAUUCAAAAUAAACAAUUGAAAUUAUUGCCCCAAGAACAAGUUUACGAUAAGAUUAGCGGUGUCUGGAAUUUAUCGAGUGAUCAGGGUAAUUUAGGAACGUUUUUCAUCACUAAUGUUCGCUUGGUUUGGCAUGCUAAUAUGAACGAUAGUUUCAACGUUAGUAUACCUUACUUGCAAAUGAAAUCUAUCAGAAUUCGCGACUCCAAGUUUGGGUUAGCUUUAGUAUUAGAAAGCUCACAACAGAGUGGUGGUUAUGUAUUGGGAUUCCGAAUAGAUCCUGUCGAGAAACUUUACGAAGCACUAAAAGAGAUUCAAAGUUUGCAUCGGGUCUAUAGCGCGAGUCCAAUAUUUGGUGUAGAUUAUGAAUUAGCAGAGAAGCCUCAGCAACUUGACGAAUUGACGGUAGACGUUGUUCAAGACGAUGUGGAAAUCGUUAAUGAGGAAGAAGCAACUGAUGCUUUUGCUGCUUAUUUUGCCGAUGGAAAUAAGCAAAGUGAUCGGCCGCCAGUUUACAACGAACAACUUGGUUUAGCUGUUGAGAAAUUAAUGGACGGCUAUACUCUGGCUUCUCUCUGGGAAGUUGUACCCAAUUAA